CUAAAUUGUUCAUAACACAAACACAUACAUAGAAAUAAAAACACAGACACACACAGAGACAGAGUCAGAGAGAGAGAGAGAGAGAGAGUGAGAUAUGAAGAAGUCUGGAGGUGCAGAGAAGAAAAGGGUCCGAAGAUCUUCAGCUGCCAUCCAAAACGGUUCCAGAGAUCCCAACUCAGAUACCCCACCUAGGAAACAAGCUGCUCAGAAGGAUGUGUAUCAGCUGUUUGCUGAGAAGGUUAGAGACCAUAAGGAUUUGGUGUCUAGAUGGGCUGUUUUACAGGAGACGCGUGUUGAGUACUUUAGAGGGAAGGAUUUUGUUAGCUUUUUGAGAAAUCAUCCAGAGCUCAAAGAUAUUCUAGAAACAGAUAAGAAUCUAGAAGCUGACGAUAUUGCUAAUGCUUUGUUAAGAAAGAAUCUUUUAGCCCGUUGUGAUCGUGUGGUGAAAACUGUUCGUCCUGGGAAGAAAAAAUUGUCUACAUGGCCAGCACAUUUAGAGAUUUUUCCGGAUCAAAUAUUUUCUGAAGUUGAUGCCUUUUUCGCAUGGACAUUUGUAAAAAGGAGGCCUCUUUGGCAGACUCUUCUCUCAUUUUUCUGGCCUGUGUUGACACUAGCAAUUUGCUUGUUUCCUGUGUAUCCCCAUCGGUGCAAGAUACUAAUACUCUACUCUUGCGCAGGCGUUUUAGCGCUUAUCCUCUCACUACUUUUGGUGAGAGCUACUGUCUUUGGUGCUCUUUACAUCGUUCUUGGAAAACGUGUUUGGUUUUUCCCUAACAUUCUUGCUGAGGAAGCAACAUUGCGAGAAUUAUUCCGUUUCUGGCCCAAGAAAGACGAGGAGGAGCGACCCAAGUGGACGACAAGGCUUUUCUAUGCAGUAGUAGCUGUUCUGGUCAUAUUACUGCUGAGGCACCAUGCUCCUGAUGAGGCUGCUAGAGCAAGGUAUCAAAAGCGGGUAUCAAACAUAAUUGAUGAUGUUCUCGAGUGGUCUCCUAGAUUGGCCCUGUCUGGGAUGAUGGAGAAGCAGCCAACUGUGAUAAACGCCACUGAGCAAAAUGACAGUUUUUCAGAUGCCGACAAAACAAGUCCAGAGGAAGGGGUUCCACCCAGCAGCAAAGUUGAAGAAACCGACACAGAACAGUAUGAGGCAGAAGUUAUUGAAAAUGUAGAAGAUGCUGAUCAACAUAGACAUGAUGAUCACAUAUGAUAUAUAGACUAUAUGCCUUUUUUUUUUUCCUUCCCUUUCGGAUUUUUGUUUUAUGAUUUUGAGUGUAAAACCUUGUAUCAAACAGUUACAAUAAUGUAGUUGGUUUCAAAUAUGAGCCUUUUAAUAGUGUUUAUAGAUACUGAUUAUACUUUUAAUUUAGGGUGGUUUAUAUAUCAAUACGCUAUUAUGUUCUUGCUUUA